GCUGGAGGAUCAGCAGCAGCAUCUCAGCGACCUGCCGCCCGCAGAGGAGACGAUGUCUGCGGCCGCGGAGCGAGGAGCGGCCCGGGGGACCGCCGUCCCUCCGGACCCGGACCCCCCCGCCACCGCCGCGGGGGCCGGGGCUGCCGGAGAGGCCGACGGCCGCGUGUCGGUGCCCAUGAACCUGUUCGCCACCUGGGAGAUCGACCGGUCCUCUCCGAGCUGCGUCCCCAGGCUGUGCAGUUUGACUCUGAAGAGGCUGAUGGUUUUAAAGAAGCUGGGAAGAGAGCUCAGCUCCGUCGUCAUCGCUGUUAAGAUCCAGGGCUCUAAGAGAACGCUGAGAUCCAACGAGUACCUUCUUCCUCCAGACGGCCUGAUGGAGACAGACCUGGAGCUCACCUUCUCACUGCAGGUCAGACAGACAGGCAGACAGACCUGGAGCUCACCUUCUCACUGCAGGUCAGACAGACAGGCAGACAGACAGACAGACCUGGAGCUCACCUUCUCACUGCAGGUCAGACAGACAGGCAGACAGACCUGGAGCUCACCUUCUCACUGCAGGUCAGACAGACAGGCAGACAGACAGACAGACCUGGAGCUCACCUUCUCACUGCAGGUCAGACAGACAGACAGGCAGACAGACCUGGAGCUCACCUUCUCACUGCAGUACGCUCACUUCCUAAAGCGAGAUGUGAACCGUCUGCAUGUGAUGCUGCAGAGGAGGAAGAGGUACAAGAACCGAACCAUCCUGGGCUACAAAACCCUCGCCGUGGGAGUCAUCAACAUGGCCGAGGUGAUGCAACGUCCGGUGCACGGCGCACACAUCCUCGGUCUCCAUAGAAACCUGAAGGACGUGUCGGUGCGCGCGGCGGAGCUGAGCGUCCAGGGUCUCUCCAGCCAGCCAAUCGAGCAGGAGGACACGGGCGGUCACCAUGGCAACAAGGCCAAAGCCUCGGCAGAUCGCUCCCCCGACACGGAGAACUACUGGGAGGACGAUGACGACAGCUUCUCCUCCGAACAGGAAGUGAGCGAUGAUGCAGUUCCUCCCCAGGACAUGUACGAUGAUGAUGACGAUGUCCAGGGAAAGACGGAGAAGUUUUGCAGGAAAAUGAUCCGGACAACCUCCCUGACUCAGCAACCGAAAUUCAAACAGAAGUUUGUGGCUCUGCUGAAGAGAUUCAAAGUCACUGAUGAGGUUCUGGACUCAGACCCAGUGGGCCGGGCUCAGCAGACCCAGCAGGACCUGGACCAGGAGGACCUGGAUCUGCUCUACGACAGUCUGGAGAUGUUCAACCAGAGUGACAGCGGCCCGGAGCUGGACGACAACGACAGCAUCAUCAGCACGCCCAAACCCAAACUCAGGCCAUUCUUCGAGGAGAUUUCUCAGACGGACACCGGGAGCGUCAACAGUCAGAGGAGCCGACAGAAAGAACAAACUGCAGCUGCAGCAGAGCUGCUGUCUGCAGACGGCCCCGAAGAGUCCAGAGGAGAGGAGGCCGGCCCUGGGGAAGUUGUGGAUGACGUUGCCAUGGGAACAGAUGUCGGACCAGCUGCCAAACUCUGUAAAUCUGAGUCCCAGACACAGAUAUCACCGAGUAAGACAGGUCUGUCUCGCCAUCCCUGGAGUGUGUCCAUGAAGGGCAGACAGAACUCUAAAGGAGACAGAACCAGCAGCAUCGACAGCGAGACAUCGUACGACUACAGGACACCUCCUCCUCAGGUUGCCAGGAAGUCGGUCCUGGAUCAGCUGAACCACAUCCUGUUCUCUGAUGAUCAGAUUCCUGAUUACAUCAUCCUGAUCAACACCACAGACUGGCAGGGACAGUAUCUGUCGGAGCUUCUCUUCGAUCAGCCAAUCGUGUGCACCGUGUCAUCAGCUGAUGUCCAGGCAGCGUUCAGCGCCAUCAUCAGCCGGAUCCAGAGAUUCUGUAACUGUAACUCCCAGACGCCGCCGGCGGUGAAGGUGGCGCUGGGCGGAGACCAGAGCUACCUGAGCACCGUCCUCGGCUGCUUCGUGGAGCAGCUGGCCAGCAAGACGCCUGAUUGGCUGAGCUACGUCCGCUUCCUCAUCCUCCCCGUCGGAGCCCACCCGCUGGCCAAGUACCUGGCCGCCCUGGACAGUAAAUUCAGCGCCCUGUUCAUGGACGCCAGCUGGAGAGAGCUGUUUGGCCGUGUGGAGCCCCCGCCGCUCGAUGUUGUGGGCGUAGCCGGGCGAGUGUCUCAGUAUCUGAGCGGAGUGUCCGUGUCUCACCUGUGUCCGAUCUCAGAGGCCAUGCUGACCUGCAAACACAAGAGUCCCGAUGACGACUCCUGCCAGAAGUUUGUUCCUUUCAUCGGGAUGGUGAAGGUCGGCAUCGUGGAGCAGAACCUCCACUACUCUACCUCUGUCGACUCGGAUGACAUCACACUGGGAUCUCCUCCCGCCCAAUCGGGAGCCCCGUUCACCACUCCCCCCCCCUCACCCUCCACCAGCGGAGUGGGAGAGGUGGCAGGUCUGCAGGUGGACUACUGGACCCAGGGAGGAGGAGGAGGAGGAGGAGGAGGAGGAGGAGAGAGGAAGAUGAAGAGCAGUCUGAAGAGCCGCUGCCUUCAGGUGUCGAGGAUCAGCGGAGGAGAGCAGCUGAGCAUCACCGUGGUAACCAAAGAGAAGAACAAGAAAGUCAUGUUCCUCAGUAAGAAGAUGAAGGAGAAAGAGGCGGAGUCGAGGAGUCAGCUGAUCGAAGGAAUCAGCAGACUGAUCUGCACCUCCAAAAACCAAAACACACUGAGAGUCUCUAUAGACGGAGUCGAGUGGAACGACGUCAAGUUCUUCCAGCUCGCCGCUCAGUGGCCGACUCACGUCAAACACUUCCCUGUGGGGCUCUUCGGCUACAGCAAACCCUGACCCUCCGAGUCAUGUGACCUCCAAGUCACAUGACA